UUUCGUUUUCCCCCAAGCCAGUUGGCAGUGAAUUUCAUCAUCCGAAAAAUUGAGGUUGUGUCGUUGCACGAGCAUAAUAUGUGAUAUAAUUUAUUGAAUUAGUGAAAUAGCUCGCACCAUGCCUAUUCAAGAAAUUCCCCGUGUGCCGGAAACCAUAAAUUUCCCAUCCGAGGAAGAAAAAAUCCUGAAAUAUUGGACGGAAAUCGACGUGUUCCAAACAUGCUUGAAACAGUCGAAGGGAAAGCCACGGUUUUCGUUCUAUGACGGCCCGCCGUUUGCGACCGGGUUGCCCCAUUAUGGGCACAUUCUGGCGGGGACCAUCAAAGACGUGGUCACGCGUUAUGCCCACCAGCAGGGCUUCCACGUGGAGAGGAGGUUCGGCUGGGACUGCCAUGGGCUACCCGUGGAGUACGAGAUUGACAAGACUUUUGAUAUUAAGGGCCCGGAUGAUGUAAUGAAGAUGGGCAUUGACAAAUACAACGCCGAGUGCCGCAAGAUUGUCAUGCGGUACGCCGACGAGUGGGAGAGGAUCAUUGGGCGCAUUGGACGCUGGAUUGAUUUUAAAAACGACUACAAGACGCUUUACCCGACUUUCAUGGAGUCGGUUUGGUGGGUUUUCAAGCAAUUGUACUUAAAGGGAUUAGUUUAUCAGGGCAAUAAAGUAAUGCCGUACUCGACGACGUGUAAUACCCCCUUAUCGAACUUCGAGUCGGGUCAGAAUUACAAGGAUGUUGUUGAUCCCGCCGUCACCGUGAGCCUCCCGAUCAUCGGUCAUAAGGACAAUGCUGCGCUUUUAGUUUGGACAACGACUCCUUGGACCCUCCCUAGUAACCUAGCGGCGUGCGUAAACCCAUCGCUUGAAUACGUACUGUUUGAACAAAUCAGCACCACCAAGCGCUACAUCAUGCUAGAGACUCGCAUUGAAACAAUUUUCCCAGCUGGGGAUUAUAAAAUAAUCCGGAAAUUCCCCGGAAGCGAAUUGAAGGGGCUGCGCUACGAACCAAUUUUCCCCUACUUCGCCCACUUGAAAGACAAAGCUUUCCGGGUCUUGACAGACGACUACGUCACGUCUGAGUCGGGUACGGGUGUCGUGCACCAGGCACCGUACUUCGGGGAAGACGAUUUCCGCGUCUGUCUCAACGCUGGGGUUAUAACCAAGGACCAGGAACCCAUCUGUCCCGUUGACGCCAGCGGCCGGUUCGUCAAACCUGUGGUGGAGUUCGAAGGGCUUUAUGUCAAAGACGCCGACAAGAAAAUCAUCGCGGCUUUGAAAACCAACGGCCGGCUCGUGCACCAAACUCAAAUCAAGCACAGUUACCCCUUCUGUUGGCGUUCCGACACCCCCUUGAUCUACAAAGCGGUGCCGUCGUGGUUCGUCCGCGUGGAACACAUGACCGAGGAGCUGCAAAAGGCCUGUGCGGACACCUACUGGGUGCCCGAUUUCGUCAAAGACAAGCGUUUCGGUAACUGGCUGCGCGACGCCCGGGACUGGGCUAUCAGUCGCAACCGGUAUUUCGGCACCCCGAUACCGAUCUGGGCGUCGCCAAGCGGCAAUGAGUUCGUCUGCGUUGGCAGUAUCGCCGAACUCGAGCAACUAACGGGUCAGAAAAUCACCGAUUUGCAUCGGGAAAGCAUCGAUCAUCUUGAAAUUCCCUCGAAAAUUCCUGGAAAUCCCCCGUUGAGACGCGUUCCUGAAGUUUUUGAUUGUUGGUUCGAGUCGGGCUCUAUGCCCUACGCCCAGAAACACUACCCGUUUGAGUUUAGUAAAGAGUUUGAUGACUAUUUCCCGGCGGAUUUUAUCGCCGAAGGGAUCGACCAGACCAGGGGCUGGUUUUAUACGCUUUUAGUCAUCUCGACGGCUUUGUUCGGGAAAGCGCCGUACAAGAAUUUGAUCGCGAACGGGCUUGUGUUGGCCAGCGAUGGGCAAAAGAUGUCGAAGCGGAAAAAGAAUUAUCCGGACCCGUUGGAAAUCGUUUCGAAGUAUGGGGCGGACGCUUUGAGGCUUUAUUUGAUUAACUCGCCAGUGGUGCGUGCCGAAAACUUGCGGUUUAAGGAGGAAGGGGUUAGGGAUAUUCUUAAAGAUGUGUUCCUGCCGUGGUACAAUGCGUUCCGUUUCUUGUUACAAAAUAUUGAGAGUUUUGUACAAGACAACAAUCAAGCGUUCUACUACACUGAAAAUAGUGUCGCGCCUGAGAAUAUCAUGGACAAGUGGAUUCUUUCGUUCACUCAGUCGCUCCUAGAGUACGUCCGGAAGGAGAUGCAACUUUACCACUUGUACAACGUUAUUCCCAGGCUGACCAAGUUUAUUGACUACUUAACCAAUUGGUACGUGCGGAUGAACCGGAAACGUCUCAAGGGUGAGGGCGGGUUCGACGAUUGUAAAACAGCCCUACUGACGCUGUUCGAGGUUCUCCUAAACAUUGUGAAAAUGAUGGCACCGUUCUCACCCUUCUUGGCCGAGACCAUGUACCAAUAUUUGAAGAAGUUGAUGAAGACUUCGGCCGAUAGUGUUCACUAUUUGAUGUUACCGCAGCCGAAUCAUGCGUUGAUCAACAAAGAUAUUGAGCGAGCCGUUGCCAGAAUGCAAAGUGUGAUAGAAUUGGGGCGAGUCUUGCGCGACCGAAAAACAAUACCGAUCAAGUACCCGUUGCCGGAAGUUAUAAUUGUCCAUCAGGACCCUCAGUACAUUUCUGAUAUCCUCUCGUUGAAGGAAUACAUCCAUCUCGAGUUAAACGUGCGUGCAAUCAACACAACGACUGAUAAAAGCAAAUACGGGAUAACGCUGAGGGCGGAGCCCGAUUAUAAAGUCCUAGGGCAGCGGCUUAAGCAAGAACUGAAGGCUGUGACUGCAGCAAUACAGGCGCUGACCGAUGUUGAGAUAAAUGAAAUGGUUAAAGCCGGGUUCCGGGUCGUGGCGGGCCAACGUAUCGAAAUUUCCGAAGUUAGGCUCAUCUUCAAAGCUGAGAGUAUUAAUACAAGUCAGUAUGAAGUCAACAGCGACAACGACGUUUUGAUUCUCUUGGACAUAACGCCGGACAGUUCAAUGCAAGAUGAAGGCACGGCGAGGGAGAUAAUAAAUCGUAUCCAAAAGUUGCGCAAGAAGGCACAUCUGGUGCCAACAGACCAAGUUUCAGUAUUUUACAAAACGACUGGUGAACUAGAUCGCGUCGCUAAAUCCUAUUGCGAUUUCGUAGAGAAUACAAUCAAAGCAACGUUCAAGCCAAUCGAGCAGCAGCAAAAUUCCGACUUGGUGAUAAUUGAGGAAGUGCAACAACUGAAAAACUGUAAUCUACAACUGGUCCUGACCCGGUUUUCCGAUAUUGUAAUCCCGGCUAGUAAAUGGGUUAAUAUCCAGCUUGUAGGCCUCGAGUCCAGAUACUGUAACCAAUCUCCUAAAGCUUUAGCUUUGCUUGAAGUGGCUAAUAAGCCGGUCAGUUUAGAUAAUUUGCAUUCGUCGGUUUUCCGACUCUUUGGCGUGGAACAUUACAAUCUAGUGAAAAGCAACGGCAAGGAAGUAACCCAAGAGGAAUUACCUAACUUGUCGGGACAAACAAUUUUUGUAAUUCCGACAAAUAAAGAUGUUAAAUUGCCCGAAAUGAGCAGAGUACCUUUCUGCAAAGUUUUUAAUUUUGUUGCACAAAAUACCAGUGGCACGUUGAUCUUGGAAAACCCCGCAGGGAACGAAACUUUAAAUGAAAAAGACUUCAAGGAAAUCAUAAACCAGUGGAUUAAAUUGGCUUAAGGAGAGUUUAGUUUCUUUUUGAAUAUUGUUAAGUUUUUGGGUGUUUAUAUUGUAUUUUUCCGUUCCGAAGUCAAUAAAAAAUUGUUUGAUAA